CGCAACCUUUACAUCGCUCUGGGACACGCAGAGGUAAGUCACGUUACGUCUGCGCAGCCACGGCCAAACACGUACCCCGAAAACGCCGUGCCAACGGCAUUCGACAAGUUCGACAACCGUCGAACUUUUCAGCGCGAAGAGAAUGAGAAAGGGUGGGGAAAGCCGUUCCUUUCUGACGCCGUUCAGUGGGCUCUCCCUUCUCUCACUGCAAGAAGGACAUGCCGCUGCUCCCGAAGCUUCUCCCACAUCUCGGUGCUUUCCGCGUGUCCCAUGCUAAGCCCAGCGGUUUGCUGCUUCAUGGGACACGCAUUUUUUGGCUGGAGCCUCCCUUUGCUGCGUGUCCCAGGCAAGAGUCGAUUUUUUCGCGCAAGUUGCACCACCAUUUCGAGCUUUUGCAGCCGUGGAUGUCGACAACAAGUUCCGCGCAUUGUGUUUCGCGUCAUCGAGAGUAUACCACCCUUCACACAUUUUCAACCUCUUGGAGCCCAUUCGAGUUGCCUCCCUGUCAACCCAUGACCAUGAGUCACCUCGCCUCUCUCCGACACACCUGUCACUCACCUUCUGUACCCCCUAGUUGCCUCGUCUGCCCGUCAGUUGCCUUGCCCACCCAUCAGUUGCCUCGUCUGCCCUUCUCAGUUGCCUCGUCCGCCCGUCAGUUGCCUUCCUGUGCCCUCCGGCACCUGUGGCACCCUCUACUUGCUUUCUGGUGCCCUCGAAGCACCUCCACUUUGUGUAUCUUUUUGUAUUGUUGACCUUACACGUUUUUACUCUCCGUAGGCUCUAUUCUUCGCGUCGUUUACUCGCGCCGUCGUUUUUUCGAAUCAGCGGAGGUGGCUUAUGUAAUGUAUUUGUUUUGGCCCCCUCUUAUCGGUCUGCGAUGUGAUCAGCUACCACCACCAUGUCCGAGCCCACC